AUGGCCGCAGCCCUAACUCUUGGCUUACGAGGACACCAGGUCACCAUCCUCGAAUCUGCGCCCAAGCUGAUGGAAGUUGGAGCGGGCAUCCAAGUCUCCCCUAACAUGCUCCGCUUAUUCGAUCGUUGGGGUGUUUCUCCAUCAAUUCAUGCCACAGAUGUCGCUCUCGAGCACAUCCACGUCCGUCGGUGGCAAGACGGGUCUUUACUGGGCACUAUGCCCGUUAACAAGACCUACGGCCAACAGGUGGUAAUUCACCGGGCUGAUCUCCACAACGCACUCAUUGAGCAAGCGCUGGCGCUGUCAAAUGUGGAAUUGCACGUCAACUCCACUGUCACUGCUGUUGGGUUCGAUCAGGCGUCUGUGACCCUUGCCGACGGCACCGUCCUCAAAGGCGACGUGGUGAUUGGUGCGGACGGCAUUAAGUCUGGUAUUCGGGGUCAGCUCCUCAACGACUACUCCUGCAAGGCCGUUCCCACCGGUGAUGCCGCCUAUCGGAUUAUGCUUCCUCGCAGCGCGCUCGAAAACGAUCCCGAGUUGAAGGUCCUCAUCGACGAGCCCCAGGCGACGCGUUGGCUUGGUCCCAACCGCCACAUCAUUGCGUACCCCGUGCGCAACCAUGAGCUCUACAAUGUCGUGCUGCUCCACCCUGAUUGUCACGGCGUCGAGGAGUCUUGGACUACCAAGGGCUCCAAACAGGCCAUGAUUGACAACUAUCAAGGCUGGGACAGUCGUGUGACGAAGCUCCUCAAUCUGGUUCCCGACGACGAGGUCCUCGAAUGGAAGCUCUGCCUGCACGCUCCACUAAAGACCUGGAUCCGGGGUAAUGUCGCCUUGAUCGGUGACGCCUGCCAUCCUAUGCUACCCUACGUUGCUCAAGGCGCCGCGCAGGCCGUCGAAGACGCCGCCGCCCUCGGCGUUCUCCUCUCCACCAUUCCCUCCCGCGCCGCCAUUCCCGCCGCGCUUCAAGCUUACGAGAAAUCCCGCAAAUCCCGCGCCGAAACCGUGCAGCAAUCCGGCUCCGACAACCGCACCACCCUGCACUUCCCCGACGGACCCGAGCAAAUCGCCCGCGACGAACAGUUCCGCACCUCGCUGACGAGCGGUUCCAACCCCGAUCGCUGGUCCGAUCGUGAGACGCAGCAACGUCUCUGGGGCUGGGACGCAGAAAAAGCCGCGUUGGAUGUGUGGAACGAAAUGUACGGCGACGCCGUCUCCGAGAUCCGCCACCACCUCUAACCGGAUUCAUCUAUUUCAACCUCCCGGUUCCCCCCCCUUCAUCUUCGUCAUAUCCCAGUGAUGUGAUGCGACGAGUUCAACCUUCAUGCCGCUUCCUUUGUCGUGGCAAGUCAUGUCUUCAACGGCCUCAAACUAAUGAUUCAACCUCGUUUACCUCAUCGAUUCCCCCUUUUGCAAUUUCUGGUUGUCUUCAGCGGGUUAUUACGGAUUUGCACAUUCAGCGACUUCAACUCAACUUGAACUUGUCGUUCACCACAUUUCUUUUCACUGCAUUCGGUUCUGGUUCGGAUCAUAGGUGGUUUGCGGAGGAUGGUAGUCGAUAUGUAUAUAAAUCUCGUGAAUUCAUGGACUAGACUAGACUUGGUGGGAUUAUUCAUCAGCAUCUGCUUUUCCC